AUGGCCUACCAAGGCAUGGGGGGAGGCAACGGCCUUCGAUCUCCUCGUGAAGAAACCUCGUUCCUUUCCUUGAAUCGCGCCGCCCAGAACCAGAACCAGAAUGGCGAUGGCCGCGCGACGCUGCACCGGCGCUUCACGACCAACAACAUUCCGACACUGAGUAUGCCUUUGUCGCCAAUCGGACAGCAACGUAGACAGGCGGCAGAGCCGACCGAGUUCACAACAGCGCUCGAGAGAAAAAGGAUCGAACACGAGUAUCUCAAAGAAGCCAAACGGCGGUUCGACGCUGAGAUGGCGCUGCUCAACCUCCAGGCUCAACACGGCGAAGCAGAGAUGGACCGUGAUGGCAACUAUGGCGGCCCUGCCCACAGCCAGCCUACAACACCACCUGAGUACAGCGAGGGCAACGGCUUUCCAUCAGCAUUGUCGCGACCCAAUCGCUUCAGUAUGCCACCCACCGUCAACUUGGGCAUGACUACGCCUCGUGGUAGCCGCGCGAACUCGCAAGUCACGUCUCCUCCGUCCAACGUCCACGGCAGCAACUUGCCUUCCCAUUCCAUGCCAGGAUCUCGCCGCAACUCGGAUGAGGAACAGGACGACUUCGACAACGACGACUUCACCCCGCUAAGCCCAGCAGCCCGCAAGAACAACCGCAUGUCUAUGCCCGUUACCCGGAUGGACUACGGCAAUCGUCCAGACCUUCCAGAUCUUUCUUCCGUUCUUGGUCACAUCGACACAGCCGGCUUUCUGUUCCGUGAAGACGACAAGUCUAGUGCUUCACGUGAGCGCAAGGCUUUCCUUCAAAUGGGUAACACCAAGGACGACUUUCCUGUGCUAGUACGCCAUGACGGUGCUGGUAAUGGCAAUGGUACGAAACUUUCUGCAUCUUCGGCUGCGCUUGAUUUGGCCCUUUCCCAAUCCCCUGGCCCGGAAGCUCAAUACACUGGUUGGAAUGGAUACCGCCAUCGUCAAGCUCAACAGUCGCUUCCUGCUAACACUUUCCGCAAAGCUCCCCAGGCUGAUGACUAUGACUCUGCUCGGACUGGUGGUAACAUUGAGACCACUCCUAAGAAGAUGGCCAACAACCGCCGCUCUGUUGAGUUCAACUUUGCUCCCAUGAACGCCGACAACAAGCGCGCCAGCUUCGCCAGCCCUACGAACGGCAUGCCCAAGCUGACUCAGUCCUACUCCACCAGCGAUGUUCCGACACUGAAGAAUGGCUAUACCCCGCACUCGGAGCAACACUUUCACAACCACAACGUUAGUCUUGGUCGGAUCCCGCAGAACAACAUGCAGAACGGCAUGCAGAACGGUAUGCAGAACGGUAUGCAGAAUGGCAUGUCAAACCGCCAUAGUCGCGAUCUCUCAACUGGUACCAGGGAUGCGCAGUCAGGUCUGCACGCUAGCGCCGCUCCUUUUGGACCUUCGACCACUGCCGCCUCUCAGCAUAGCAUGUCAUCGAUUGGUUCGCCAGCAAUGUCUCAGUACUCGACUGUUUCGGCCGCAAAUAACGGCUACUAUGCUUAUGGCAUGUCGAUGCUCAACGCAGGCAUGGGCGGCCUGAACAUUGGAGCUGGAUCCGGACCUGGACCUCAGUAUGGUGGACCUCCUCAGUACGCGCCCAACGGCAUGUAUGGCAAUGGACCCCAGUUCAACCCCUAUGCUACAUACGGACCAGGUGGGCGUAUUCAGGACAGUCAAGCUCGUGUCAUUCAGACUCGUCGUCUGCAGAACGAUGCCAACAAGUACAUGAGCUACGACCUAAAGACUAUGCCCCGCCAGGAGAUCUACGGCUUGUGCAAAGACCAGCAUGGAUGUCGGUUCCUGCAGAAGAAACUUGAGGAGCGUAACCCUGAGCACAUCCAGAUCAUCUUCGACGAGACUGCCCUUCACGUCGUGGAGCUCAUGACGGACCCAUUCGGCAACUAUCUCUGUCAGAAGUUGCUCGAGUACUGCAACGAUGAACAGCGCAACACACUUGUUCGCAACGCUACUUCUGCCAUGGUCCAAAUUGCGUUCAACCAGCACGGUACUCGGGCUCUGCAGAAGAUGAUUGAAUUCAUUUCCACCGACGAGCAGACUCAGAUGAUCAUUCAGGCUCUGUCCGGAGAGGUCGUUGAUCUUAUUCAGGAUCUGAAUGGUAACCACGUCAUCCAGAAGUGCUUGAACCACCUCAAGUCGCCUGAGGCUCAGUUCAUCUUUGACGCUGUAGGCGAACAUUGUGUUGUUGUCGGUACUCAUCGCCAUGGAUGCUGUGUUCUCCAGCGCUGCAUUGACCAUGCUUCCGGCUUCCAGAAGGUUGAUCUCAUCCGCAAGAUCACUGCGCACAGCUUCCAGCUCGUACAAGACCCAUUCGGCAACUAUGUGAUUCAGUACAUUCUGGAUCUCAACGACGCAUCCUUCACGACGCCUAUGUGCCAAGGUUUCCAGGGUAAGAUCUGCGAGCUCUCGAUGCAAAAGUUCAGUUCCAACGUCAUCGAGAAGUGCAUUCGUUGCGCGGAGCCGCAAGUCAAGGCGAUGAUGAUUGAGGAGUUGCUUGACGUUGAGCAGCUCAACUCGCUCAUGCGCGACUCGUUCGGCAACUAUGUCAUCCAGACGGCGCUUGAGUUUGCUCCUGCCGAGUUGUGCAUGCAUCUCAUCGAAAUGAUGCGUCCGCUUCUCCCGUCUAUCCGUCAGACUCCGUACGGUCGUCGCAUCAUGAGCAAGGUUGGAGAGCGCGAGAGCCGUCUUUCAGCCUACACUGGUCGCACUUCUGGUCAAACCUCUCCCGGCGCGAUUCAAGGUAGUGCCGACUCAAACUUGGUGUACACUCAGACUCCGCAGUAUCAGCCCCCCAUGUACACUGCUACGGCCAACUAUGGUCCUGCUAUUCUGUCUCCGCAACCUCACCGUCAACCGCACCGCUUGAGCAACGCAUCCCAGCCUCACCCUAUGCCCAACCCCGUCCACCACCACAACAACAGCUACCAGCAGCACCAACCUCAGUAUGGAGUUGCGCAGUCCAACGGUGGUCACGGCAACUGGUUUUAG